GGCCGACAGCGGCGGCCGCUGCGUUUAAAGAGUGCAAGAAUCCUUCGCGCUCAAACCCUUCGAGGCCUAAGAAAACAGGGAGAAACAUCCAGUGACCCCAGCUACCCUUCAGAUAUAAGGAUGCCGAACUGGGGAGGUGGAGCCAAAUGUGGUGCCUGUGAAAAGACAGUGUACCAUGCUGAAGAAAUCCAGUGCAACGGAAGGAGUUUUCACAAGACGUGCUUCCUCUGCAUGGCCUGCAGAAAAGCUCUGGACAGUACCACAGUAGCAGCUCACGAAUCUGAAAUCUACUGCAAAACUUGUUACGGGAGAAAAUACGGUCCCAAAGGGAUUGGCUUCGGACAAGGGGCAGGAUGUCUCAGCACUGAUACUGGUGACCAUCUAGGCUUGAACCUCCAACAGGGGUCACCAAAGCCUGCUCGCCCUUCUACACCAACUAAUCCUUCGAAGUUUGCCAAAAAGAUGGUAGAUGUGGAUAAAUGUCCCCGUUGCGGCAAAUCAGUGUAUGCUGCAGAGAAGAUCAUGGGCGGAGGAAAACCUUGGCAUAAGACGUGCUUCCGCUGUGCUAUUUGUGGGAAGAGUUUAGAAUCUACGAAUGUUACAGACAAAGAUGGAGAGCUCUACUGUAAAGUUUGCUACGCAAAAAAUUUUGGUCCCAAAGGAAUUGGGUUCGGUGGCCUCACUCAAGUGGAAAAGAAAGAGUGCGAAUGAGGAGAAAUGGAUGCAACAGACUCAAACUGCUGUUGAUGCCACCGAGUGAUAGUUGUCAAGUAAACCGUUAUCACAUAUUGCUAAGAACCUAGGGCAUUUGUUUAAUAUUUUCCACCUUGCAGGAAAAACUUGUGAGCUUGUAUCUUAAGAAAUUCUUAGAAUAGCUUAAAAAGGUACAGUGAUAAAACUAGAUUCAUGUUUGUUUUACAGUAAAUAAAGACAAAAAACCUCAUGGAACAUUAUUCAUGGAACAUUAUUGCUUCUUAAACUAGUAUUUACCACACUUCAGACUGGAAUUUUAAAGACUCAGCAUACUGUCCCGUUAAGACAGAGAUACCUUAUGCAGCGCAAGGGUCAGAGUGUUCCGACUUAAGCCAUAGUUUCCUUCCUUCAGAAUGUUACGCCGUCUGUAUUUCUACCAAUCUCCGAAUGGAGUUUUGAACGUUUUGACAUUUUGUGUUAUGGCAAAGUAGAUGUUAUUCACUUUGAGACAAUUAAAAAGGAUUUGAAAUUCUUUCUCUCAAAGGGAGAUAUUUCUGAAGAAAAACAACAUUUGCUUAGAAUACAGUGUUGUAAGUUUUGUAAUCGUAUGUUUUCAAGCUACAAUAAAGUACUGAUAUUGCUUCACAU